AUGGGGUUAUUAUGGGGUGUCGGCGCCCCCCCCCCAGACCCCAAGGUUUUCGACACCCCCGAGGAAGCCGCUUCGGGGUUCCUGGCCUCGCUCACCCAGACCGUGGAGGCCGCCGAGGCCAACGAGACCCGAGGCCCCACAGAGAAGCGCCGCAUCCGCUUGGGCUCCGCCUCCGCCCUCCACAUUUUCCUGCUCCUCGACGCCUCCCAAAGCAUCGGAGCCCAGGACUUCGGGGACGCCCGGGAUGCCCUGAGGGGGCUGGUGGAGAAGAUCGCCAGCUAUGGGGCUGCCCCACACUACGGCAUCAUCACCUUCGGGACGGAGGCGCAGGUCGUGCUCAGCCCCAUGGAUCCACGGGCGGCCGAUGCCGAUUGGGUGGGAGAGGUGCUGGAGGGGCUCAGCUUCAAAGCGCACGCCCUCCGGCCGGGCACCAACCCCCACGCCGCGCUCCGGGCUCUCUACGAGCUCCUGGUGCGGGAGGAGCGGAGCCAGGAGCUGAGGGGGGAGCGCCCCGCCCCCGUGACCAGCACCACGCGUCACGUGAUCGUCAUCAUGAGCGACGGCCGGGUGAACAUGGGGGGGUCCCCGGUCCCUGUCCUGCACCAGAUCCGGGAGCUGUUGAGCAUCGGCCGUGACCCCCGCAACGACCGCGAGGACUUCCUGGACGUGUUCGUGUUCGGGGUGGGGGCCGUGGUGCACGCGCAGGCGCUGAACGAGCUGGCCUCGCACAAGGCUGGGGAGCAGCACCUCUUCCUGCUGCGGGGGCUCCCCGACCUGCAGGAGGCCUUCCACCGCAUGAUCGAUGAAAGCUCCUCCUUGGGGCUCUGCGGCUUCGCCCACGAGUUCCAGAGCGCCGAGGACCGGGAGAAGAACCCGUGGGGGGUGACGGUGAUCGUGACGCGGCCAGGCCAGGGUCAGGAGCGCUGUCGGGGUUCGCUGCUCUCGCCCCGCUUCGUGCUCUCGGCCGCCCAUUGCUUCCGUUGGGACGACGACAGCGCCUGGCUCAGCGUGGACGUGGGCUCGGCCCCGCCCCUCGCGGUCUCCUCGCUCCGCCUCCAUCCGGGUUUCUCGCUGGGCGCGCGCCGGGCGCGGGGCGUUCCCGAGUUCUACGACUACGACCUGGCCCUGCUGGAGCUGCGCGCGCAGCUGGGGGCGGGGCCGAGGGCGCGCCCCAUUUGCCUCCCCUGCACUGAAGGAGCCUCCCGAGCCCUGAGGCUGCCACCGGAGAGCACCAGCUGCGAGGAGCACAGGCGCCUCCUGCUGCCCCCCAAGGACGUGGAGGCCUUUUUCGUGGCCCAGACCGGCCCCAAGGAGCUGCAGCGACGGCGAGUGCGGAUCAAACUGGGGGAGCAGCGCCCUCGCUGCGAGGCCGAUGCUCUCCGGGCCCCCCUCUACGUGAACGCCUCGGCUCUCGAUGACGUCAUCACCCCCCGCUUCCUGUGCACGGGGGGCAGCGACCCCGAGGUGGACCCCAACGUGUGCCGGGGUGACUCCGGGGGUCCCCUCAUUGUCAGCAGGGGGAAGCGCUACUUCCAGGUGGGGGUGAUCAGUUGGGGGGUGCUGGAUUCCUGCCGCCAUUCCCGGCCCCCUUCCUACGCCCGCGAUUUCCACGUCAACGUCUUCGAGGCCCUGCCCUGGCUCCGGGAGGAGCUCCGCGACGAGGACCUGGGCUUCAUCCCGUGA